UUGCACGUCAGAGAGUGAGUAUAUAAAAGUAUAAGUUGGUUGUAAGGUUCAUUUCCGAAUCGAAGGUCGAACUAGUAAGUCUAGUGUUCAAGUCAAAAGUUGUUACAAAAAUUUCAAAAAUAUUUUAAUAAAAAUGAAGACUACUUUAUUCACGUGUUUCAUUGUUGUGGCACAUUUGAGCUUACAAGUAUUUGCUGCACGGGUACCGUUCAAUCUCCCGCCAGAAGAAAAAGUCACCGAUUCAGGGGAACAAAUUAGUGAUGCAUUGCUUUUAGAUAAAAAUUUUGCGAUUUCGACAGUGAGUAAUUUAAUGAGCGCCUUAGGACUCAGUGACUCUUUAGAUGAUUUUUUAAAACUCAAUGAGACUCAAAUUCUAUCGAGAGUCAAUAAUCUGAAGACUGCAUUGGAGUUUGAUAAAGACGAGUCUGCUCUGGUGAUCAACGAAAUCCAGAAAUUGAGCCGUUAUGAUAUUGACGAUUUAUCAAAAUUAUCUGAACAUGAGAUCGUUGCAAUUUUAAGAAGUAUCGUUAAUAUUCUGGGCACUAACGAAUAUGCGAUUAUCGGAAAACUUCUUGAUGUCGGGCGCUCAUCUUCAAAUCUAACUGAAAAUCGAGCAAAUGCUUUAAGACAUACUAUUGGUGUUCUUCAUCUCGUGCUCGAAAAAUUGUCCCGGCCAAAUGAAAUUGAAAAUUUAGUUCGUUCAAACAAAAAUGAAAUAGUUUCUGGUCUUGGCAAUUUUGUUCUGUUCUUCAAAAUGUACAGAGGGGACCUUCUUCUGCAAUCAAUUGUUAAUGGAAUGAAAAAUAAUUAAAAAUAAUAAUGUUUUUUUUUAAAUACGAAUAAAUUUUGCUUGUAAAAAUUGUUAAUUAUUAUUUUUUCUAUUUGUAAAAUUAAAUUCAACUCCGAAAUAAUUUGUCAAGAUAUUGAUAAGUAAUUCUUAUAAUUAGUUAUCUAAUCAAUUAAAAAAAAUUACAAUAUUAUAUUAAUGAGUGGAUAAUAAAAGAAAAAAAGUGAAAACUA